AUGUUAUCGCGAGUCGCCCGUCAGAAAAAUGCCCUCUUCCACCUGCGGAAGGCUGCUGCCGUCCGAACAUUAGGCGUUUCUCCAGUGGUACGCCUGCAUUCGAGCUCGAGCCGUCCGAGUCCCAUCGUGACCUCGCAAUGCACUUCGGCACAAGAACGGCCUCGAAGGCCCUCUUUCCAGUCGCAUCGCAACCUCGCUACCGCCACCGACCACUCCCCACUCGAUCAGGGGUCCUACAUGGGUUUAGACGACUCGCCGUACCCCCCGACCAUCAACCAGUCAUCGGCUUUUCGAAUGUCUGAUCCAUUCGAUACUUCGUCUUUGAUUGUUCUUAACGAAAUUCCACAGACCCAGCCAAAAAUCUUGCGGAAAAUACGAGGAAUUGGUGGCGAUGAGGAUGAAAUGAUGGCGAACUUUGAUAUGUCAAUAAAGGUCGGUCGAUUUGAUCGGGCGGCGGCUUUGAUCAGCCGUUUGAAGACCUUCUACCCUGUCGAUUCCCCGGAGUUUCUGGCUCUUCACAACCGCUACCUGAAGGCAAUGGUCUCGCACAUGAUUGUCACCCGGCAAUCUGAGAUGGUUUUGCCAUUGCAGAAAUGGUUUGAGGUCGAUAUGCCGGAUGGUGGUGUGAAGCCAGAUGCCACUACGUUCGCGGUCAUGAUUCGUAUGUCCCUGCGUAUGCUCCACGGCUCUAAACGGGACAGGUCGGUUCGCCGGUACUGGGGCCUUGCCAAGCAGGCAGACCUUCAUGAGGAUCUUCUGGCAAGCGAGGUGCUUACAGACUUGGAUCUUGGUGAAUUAUCCAAGAUCUGUUACUCCUAUUUACUCACUCCUACGAUCGAGCCGACAGACUUCGAUGAGGACGUACCUGAGAGCUCCUCUGCAAGCACAGAUAAAAACCCCGAAGUACUUGCUGCGGAGCAGAAGGGUUUGGGUCUGUCUUCUCUGAAAGAGUCGCUAGCCCUUUUCACCGAUAGUUCACAAAUCACCUUGCCUAAAGAUUUCAACGGUACGGAAGAAGAAAAGAGAGAGCUCUACGCCCAGCUCCGACAACAGCGUCUUGAAUCCGACACAAUGAGGACGGCCUCGAAUCGAUGGCGUGCUGAGUUUGAGGGAAGAGUCAAAUCCGGCGUGGACGUGACUUCGGGUAAGUCAAGGCUCAAGUCCGUGAUGAGCCAAUGGCAUACAGAUCUCGUGGAGGGCAUUCAGAAAGAGAUCAAGCUUGCCGAAGAAGCUGAAACCCAGCCAAUCCGCACCGAGGAGCAAAAAGCUCGUUGCGAACAUGGCGUAUUUUUGCAGUCCCUGGAGCCUGAUCGUUUAGCUGCUGUCACUAUUCUCUCUGUCAUGGAUGUGUUCACCCGACAUGGAAUGCAAAGAGGAACCAAGGUUUCGACAGUUGCAGCAUCGAUCGGUAAAAGUGUUCAAGACGAAUUGAUCGCCGAUGUCUAUCUCAAAAAGAACUCGACCUCUAGCUCUCGUCGCGUCAAGAUGCUGAAGGAAAUGCUUGCUGGCCGCAGGAGCAAGGAUGGUCGCCUACAGUGGAAAGCACUGUCUGAGAAUCUGCAGAAAGAAGAGCCGCAGUACGCCUGGACGCCACGAGUUACCGUCAGAAUUGGAGCUGUUUUGAUGGGCCUGCUAUUUGAAGUUGCAAAGGCCCCCGUGAGAAGUACAGACGCCAAAACUGGGAAAGUCACUACGAUUAUGCACCCGGCUUUCCUGCACGCCUACGAAAUGAACUUCGGAAAGCGAUUGGGACUCUUUCACAUGAACCCUGAAAUUAUCGACAUCAUCACCAAAGAACCACCGGCGGAUCUUCUAGGUCGUCAUCUUCCUAUGAUAUGCAAACCCCAGCCAUGGACAGGGGCGAAGAAAGGGGGAUAUCGUCUAUACCAAAGCAACAUUGUUCGAGCCACCCCUGGCGAGACGCUGCAGCCAGCCUAUGUGAAAGCGGCUUUGGAGAAGGGUGGCCUCAAGGAUAUUCGAAAGGGUCUCGACGUUCUUGGAAACACCGGCUGGGUCAUCAACCGCGAGGUAUUUGACGUGAUGCUGGAGGCCUGGAAUUCUGGGGAGGGUAUUGCGAGCUUGGCACCCCUUGAUCCGGAUCUGCCCGUCCCACCAAAACCAGAGGCAGACGCUGGCUAUAAUGCCGAAAAGGAGUGGCAACUGAAAAUGCGUGAUAUGGAGAACCUUCGGGGUGGUUAUCACUCCAUGCGAUGCUUCCAGAAUUUCCAGUUGGAAGUUGCGCGUGCUUUCCGCAAUGAGACCUUCUACCUUCCACACAAUAUGGACUUCCGCGGCCGAGCUUAUCCGCUUCCACCUUACCUCAAUCAGAUGGGUGCCGACAACGCUCGCGGAUUGCUCCUAUUCAGCGAAGCCAAGCCACUCGGUGCAGGCGGAUUACGCUGGUUAAAAAUUCAAAUUGCCAACUUGGCUGGCUUUGACAAAGCGAGUAUGUCGGAGCGUGAACAAUUUGCGAUGGACCAUCUUGACGAAAUUCUGGACUCUGCCAACAAAGGCCUUCAUGGCAAGCGGUGGUGGCUGAAGGCUGAAGAUCCAUGGCAAUGUCUGGCGGCUUGCUGUGAACUCCGCAAUGCCUUGGCCCUCCCCGAUCCCACUGAGUAUGCCUCUCGCCUUCCGAUUCACCAAGACGGCUCUUGCAAUGGACUUCAGCAUUAUGCUGCCCUAGGCGGUGACAAAAUUGGUGCUCAGCAAGUCAACCUAGAGCCAUCUGAUCGACCAUCGGAUGUUUACACCGGUGUAUCCGAUUUCGUGAAGAGAUCUGUAGCCAAGGAUGCUGCUGAAGGCAACAAGGUCGCACAGGUUCUCGAUGGCAGGAUCACCCGCAAGGUUGUGAAACAGACAGUCAUGACCAACGUCUACGGUGUGACAUUCAUGGGGGCAAUGCGGCAAGUUCGCCGACAGCUCAAUGACCACUUUCCGGAUCUUUCCAACGAGGUGAAGAAGGACGGUGCGCUUUAUAUUGCUCGGAAAAUUUUUGAGGCCCUAGGGUCUAUGUUCAACGGAGCCCACGAUAUUCAAUACUGGCUUGGCGACUGCGCUACUCGCAUCACCCAGUCUUUGACACCAGGGCAGAUCGAGUCGAUGGCAAAUCAGGCUUUGUCACCCGCCGAGUCUUCCGAUAAAGGUUCUGUUAGGGUCGAUCCAACCAAGAAGUUCCAGUCGACCGUCAUCUGGACUACUCCUCUUGGUUUGCCUGUGGUUCAGCCAUACCGCACCCGAAAAGCGCGUCGUGUCGUGACCUCGCUGCAAACCGUCAGCAUCGUCGACCCUAGCGCCGAAGAUGUGGUUUCGCGUCGUAAACAGCUCCAGGCCUUCCCUCCCAAUUUCAUCCACUCACUUGAUGCCACUCACAUGAUCAUGUCUGCCAACGCUUGCAAUGAUGCUGGCCUCACUUUCUCCGCUGUGCACGAUUCCUUCUGGACCCAUGCCUGUGAUGUUGACUCCAUGAACUCCAUUCUGCGUGACGCAUUUGUGCAAAUGCACUCCGAUGACAUUAUUGGACGCCUUGCCGCGGAGUUCGAUGUUCGUUUUGGCAAGAAUUUGUUCUUGGCCAAGGUUGACGCCAACAGUGCAAUUGGUCGCACUCUGCGGGCUCGCCGCACCACCUCGACGCGCAACUCAAGGCUCGUGGAGUUGAUUGAGGAGCACCGCCGUCAGACUUUGCUACGGUCAGAUGACCCCGCGGAUCAGGCCGAGGGACGCGCCAUGGAAACCUCCGCUGCUAUCUUCGAGAAGAUGGGUGGUACAGACAAGCACUUGGCUAUCGCUAGCACCCUGGGAGAGACCACUGUCGGGCAUGUCCCCGACGACCUGGCCGCCGCCGAGCGAGGCCCUUCUUCCAAUGUCGACACUAGUGACCCGGCCAUCCAAAGUCUCUUUACCGAAAUCGACAUGAUGGAUUCCAAGUCUGCCGCUCCCGAUGCUGAUGUUGUGGACGAGGUUACGGCGGCAGACGCCAUUGGGGAAGACAAGGUGCCGACCAAGCAGAAGAGGAAGCAAAAGCCACACACAUGGGUCUGGCUGCCUCUACGCUUCCGACCUGUUCCUGCCAAGGGCGCAUGGGAUCUGACCCGGAUCCGUGACAGUCAGUACUUCUUCUCUUGA